AUGGCGGUGGCGGCUUCGAUCUAUGAUCUGCCUCGAUGCGGGUCUCCUCCAGUGAGUGCCUAUGCGGCGACGGCUACGGCGACAACGAGUGAAGGAGAUGAAGUGGAGGCAACUCGAGGGCCUCCUAGGGGGCCUGGUCCAGUUCUCCCCCGCCGCCUCCUCUGCUCGAUUUGGCCUCCAAAAAAAGGCGAUGCUCUGAUUCAGCCGUAUACUCAUUUCAUCUCUGAUUUUGAGAGCAAGAUCAAUCUUCUUAAAUUUUCUCACUUCGCAGUAGUAGUUUCACUCCAGUAUUCAGAUAAAGAUGCUGGUAUAAGCUAUCUCGAAGGCGUAAUUUCAAAACUGCGUGAUACCAAGGAAUCACGGGUUGAAGAGCCCAUUCUGUAUUUGAAGAUGCAGAUUGCAAGUUUUCUUCUUGAGAAAGGGAAUCAAAAGGAGUGUAAGAAACUGGUAGACGAGGGUAAAACCACUUUGGAUAGCAUGGGCGAUGUUGAUCCUUCAGUACUUUCGACCUAUUAUUAG